AUGUCUUCGUUACUACUUUCACACGAAGAAAGGUGUAGAGGACCUUGGGUAAAGCUACCCUCAGAAACAAGAAUUUUUACUUCAUUAUUUGACGAGUUGGGAAUUGAGGGAUUAUCAGUACAUGAAGUUUUUAUGAUGGAUGAAAAUUUGAAUGAUGAUUUAAAAAAUCAACACAAAGAAAAGAACGUAAAAUCAUCUGAAAAGUCACCAAAGAAUGUUUUUUUUGCAAAUCAAGUUUUAGAUAAUGCAUGUGCAACAUUAGCAGUCUUGAAUAUAGUCAUGAAUUGUCAAAAGUUGACUUUAAGUGAUGAUUUACAAAAAUUUAAAGAAUUCUGUUGGGACUUUUCACCAACUAUGAAAGGUUUUGCAAUUACAAAUGUCCCAAAAUUUAGAGAAAUUCAUAAUUCUGUUGCAAGAAGAAGCUUUAAUAAUUAUCAUUAUAUUGCAUAUGUUCCUGUUGAUGGAAAAAUUUAUCAAUUAGAUGGUUUAUAUCCUGAUCCUGUCAAAAUAGGUGAAUAUGACGAUGAAUCAAAAUGGUUUGAUGCUGCAAAAGGUGUAAUGUGUGAAAGAACAAUGGGAUUUUAUGUUGAAGGAAUAGAAUUCGUAUUAUUAGCAAUAACUCGAGACAAAUUUCUUACUAAUAAUAAAGAGAGAUGGGAAGAUUGUUUAUAUAUCAAAAAAUUAAUUGAAUCAAGAUUAGAUCAGUUGAAUAAUGAUUGGAAGAUAAUAUUUAUCAAUGAAAACGAUUUUGAAAUUGAGGAAGAAGAUGAUGAUGAUUGGAAUAUGGCACUUGAAAGAGGAAAUAUUGUAAAGGAAUUGGAAGAAAUUAAAAUAAAUUAUGAUGAUUUUGAAAAACUUUAUCAAAUAAGAUCAAGAAUAAUGAAUGAACUUGAUAAAAACAAAGAUGAAAAGAAUAAUGAAAGAGAAGAAGAUAUAAUAGAGAUGGUAGAUGUAGAAGGAAAUGAUGAUAAAGUUGAAGUUGAGCAUAUUGAUAAAUCAUUAUAUCCAGAAUUAUUUCCAGAAAACAAUGAAUUAAAUGAAUUAAGUGACGAAGAUGGAAAUAAUGAAGAUGUAAAAGAUGCCAGGGAAGAAGAUUUUACAUGGUUUGUUGAUCCUAAAUAUGAGAAUCCUCAAGAAAAUGCUGUCGAUGAUGAAGAUUUUAUACCAAUGUGGCAGCGUAAAGCAUCUGUAGUUGUUUCAGAUCUGUCAUCAGCAACAUCAAAAUUUGAAGGGGAAGGAGGAAAACAUUUGGAAAUGGUGAAAUAUUUAGAAGAUGAAGGCAUUGAAAAUAUUACAAUUAUUGAUGUUAGUAAGAAAUCUGAUUUUGCAGAUUGGAUGAUAAUUGGCGAAGGAAAAAGUUCAAGGCAUAUGGGUGGCGCAGUUGAUGGGUUAUAUAAAAUGUUGAAAGAUAAUAUAAAGAAACAAAAUUUAGAUGCGUCCAAUUCACUAAGUUAUCCGAUAGUGGAAGGAAGAGAUUCAGAUGAAUGGAUGUUGAUUUAUACAGAAACAAUAUUUGUACAUUUAUUCACACCUGAAGAAAGAAAAUAUCGUAAUUUAGAAAAAUUAUGGGAAUCAAUUCCCUCAUAUAAUGAUCUUAGUGAUCGUGAUAAAAGGAUAAGCACUACCAAAGAUAUUGUGAAAGGGUUUAAAGGAUUCAAUCCAAAAUUCAUAAGAAGUGAGCAAGAGUUGAUAGGAUCUUACACAACUUACAGAGAGCAUUAUCUUGCCAUAUAUACUGAAAAUUCUUUACAGUUGUUGAACUUUGAACAGCAACAUCAACAUAAUCAGACCAUUGAAAUUCUGGACCGGUAUUGUGCACUUAUGGAAACUCUCAUGGAGACUCUUCAACCAUUGUUAUCCUGUGAUAUAAAAGAACUAAUAAAACAACAACUUGAAAAAACAAAAAUGGUACCUGCUGCUAUUCCAAACAAUCCUAUGCUUGCAGACAGAACUGGAAAAUCUUAUCUAAUUAAUAUGUUGAAAAGAAUAUUUACAUCUUCAAGAAAAAAUUUUCUCUUAAUGACUCCAACAGGAAUUUCAGCCCAAAAUGUCAAAGGGCAAACAAUUCACUCUGCAUUAAACAUUAGAUCUAAUGGUGAAAAUUAUCAAACAUUAAGACCCUGCACAACUUCCACUAGUAAUGUAUAUAAGCUACCUAUUUGGAGAUUACUUUAUCCACUCUUUCUUUGCCAUUCACAUCAACAAAAUGAUGACCCUGAAUUUUACAACCUCUUACAAAAUAUCAGAAUUGGUAAUAUUUCACAACAGGUUUGGCAGAAAUUAGAAGAGAAGUUUCAUGGUAGUAUUGAGAACUCUGUAGAAUCUAUCUUGAACACAACACAUGUUGUUGGCCUCAGAGAAUAUGCUGAUCAAAUAAAUAGGACAAUAUGUAAUCUUUUACCUGUUCUGGAUAAUAAAAUUAUAAUAUCCAAAUCCACCAAUAUGUUAAGUUGUAGAUUUUGA